AAACAUAGACCCACUACCAAACCUUGCGAAUAAAGCCAAGUAAAUGGUACUGGUAGGCCCAUUCUUUAUAAAUUUAAUAAUCUAAAAAAAAAGUCCAAAACAAUAAUUAAGAAAAAACAAAAGGCCUUUGUAGGAAUAGAAAUUGAAACCAAUCAGAAACCCAUUAUCACUAGUACUACUCAACCACAACCACUUUCAUUUGUUUUCUCCUUUUUCCCUUCCUCUUUCUCUCUCGCAAUCGCAACCACCCACUUCUCAAUGUCGUCUUCCACCACCGUCCACGGCGAGCCUGAACGACGAACAUACUGGUGUCACGAAUGCGACAUGAGUCUUUCCCUCCUCUCUUCCUCCGACUCCGAUUCCGAUUCAUCUCCUCUCUUAUGUCCCCAGUGCGGUCUCGAUUUCCUCGAACGUAUGGAUCACGAUUCUUCUUCUAAUCUCUUUGACGUCACCAUCGGCGAUUUCGAAGAAGAAGGAGAUGACGACGGAGAUAACGAUGACGACGACGAAGAGAACGAAGAAGAUUGGUGUUUCGUCGAUCCAACUGUUAACUCCGAUGACAAUUUCCUCCUCGAUAGUCCUUACCUUCACCGUCUCCUCCGUCACCUCGCUUCCGAUAACUCCGGAUCAUCAUCCUCCUCAUCCUCAUCUUCUUCUACCUCUUCGUUGCUGAGAUCUUCAGAUAUCGAUUCGAUUCCUACGAUUCAGAUCUCGUCUUCUAUGCUCUGUUCCACCGACGGUUCAGAUCCCGAUCCUGAUUCCGGUUUACUCUGCGCCGUCUGCAAGGAUGAUUUCGUCGUCGGUGAAUCUGCUCGGAGGUUGCCUUGUAGUCAUAUUUAUCACUCUGGCUGCAUCGUUCCUUGGCUCUCGGAUCAUAACUCGUGCCCGCUUUGCCGGUUCGAGCUUCCUACGGCUACCAAGGUUGGUUCAGAGAGGAUCAGGUUGUCGGAUCUGGCUACGAUUACAGCUGAUGGUGAUGAUGUGGAAGACGAUUGGCUUGGGAUUAGAAACGCGUUGAGGAGACUGGCUCGUCGUCAUGAGCAGAUGAGAUUGGGAGUAGGGGAGAUGGAGAGGAAUCUGGCUCGGACUGUUUCAGGUCUUGGGAUUGGUAUGAGAAGAGAAGAGAUUCUCCAACUCCAAGGUGGUGAUGAGAGAAGCAACUCCACCACGACGACGACGACGCCAUUGUAAGAACAGAACCUACUUUUGCAAAAAGGUUUCAGACAUCAAAAAUAAAACGAAUUGUGUUUUUUUUUUUUUUUUUAAUUCUCAGCUCUUUGUUUAUUUUACUAACAGUUACAGAUUCGGCUUUUUAAAAUCGAUUCUUGAUUUAUAUCACAGAAACAAGAGUUGUUGCUUCUUUUUUUUAUUUUUAAUGUUUGAUGCUUUUAGUCAAAUCGUACAUCUUUUUGUUUUGAUCUUAGAUGAAUCAUCAUCUACUUGGAUGCAAUAAUAAAUUGAUGAAACGUUACACUGUAAUGAUUGUUCAACGUUUUCAUUUCUCGAAUGGAAUAUUAUUUAACCGCC